GUGAUGUCCUUUGGGCUUGGUUAGGAAUCUGUUGAGAAGCACCAAGCUUUUAAAGAUGACUCUCCUCACUACUCUUAGAAUUCUUUUGGGGGCAAUGGUGCUUUUUAUGGACUAUAGGGUCCAAACGACAAAGACAGCGUGGCCCUCCGUCACCCUCCCUGCUGACGACCCUACAUUGCCCUUGAUUUUGGAUCUUGCCAAAGAAGCUCCUGGGAAGGAGAUGAAGCAAUGGCCCCAGGGAUAUCCUCUGAGGUAUAUGCUGAAGCUAUACCAACGUUCGGCCGACCUGCAUGGGCAUCCGAGAGAGAACCGCACGAUUGGAGCUAAAAUGGUGAGGCUGGUGAAGCCCUCAGCCAAGGCAGUAAGACCUCUCCGAGGUCCCUGGCAUGUACAGACCCUGGACUUUCCUCUAGCAUCAAACCAGGUAGCAUACCAACUAAUCAGAGCCACUGUGGUUUACCGCCAUCAGCUUCAUCUAGUUCAUUACCAUCUCGCCUGCCAUGUGGAACCUUGGGUCCCCAAGUGCCUGCCCAAGCACUUUCCUUCUUCUACAUCAGGCUCCUCAAAGCCUUCUCCCAUGUCUAAAGCCUGGACAGAGAUGGAUAUUACGCACUGUAUUCAGCAGAGGCUCUGGAAUCGCAAGGGACGGAGACUCUUACGCCUCCGCUUCAUGUGUCAGCAGCAAAAAGGCAGCGAGGUUCUUGAGCUCCAGUGGCAUGGCAUAGCAUCCUUGGAUGUUGCCUUCUUGCUACUCUACUUCAAUGAAACCAACAAGAGUGUUCAGGCUAAACUUCCUGCAAGAGGCCAAGAGGAGCUAACUGAGAGGGAACCUUCUUCUCUCAGGCGGAGUGCCCGGCAAGCGUGCAGCAUUGCAUCUGAUGUCCCUUGUCCUUCUCGGGAACAUGAUGGGUCUGUAAAUAAUCAGUGUUCCCUCCACCCUUACAAGGUCAGCUUCCAUCAACUUGGCUGGGAUCACUGGAUCAUUGCUCCUCGUCUCUACACCCCAAAUUACUGCAAAGGAGUCUGCACUCGGGUGCUACCCUAUGGUCUCAAUUCACCUAACCAUGCCAUCAUUCAGAGUCUUGUCAAUGAACUGGUGAAUCACAGUGUACCUCAGCCUUCCUGUGUCCCUUAUAAGUUUCUUCCUAUGAGCAUCCUCCUGAUUGAGGGAAAUGGAAGCAUCUUGUACAAGGAGUAUGAGGAUAUGAUUGCCCAGUCCUGCACAUGUAGGUAA